CCCUUUCAGUAGGGCCAGAAGGCUGCCGUGGAGAGGGUGGUGCCUUACCUCACGCAGACUCCCCAUUCCCAGCCCUGCUCCCCAACUGGACCCUUCUUCUUGAGCCAGCAUUCUUGCCUGCUUUGAGCAGCCAUGGCCUCACAAAGGAAUGACCGGAUCCAGGCUUCAAGGAAUGGACUGAAGGGGAAGGUGCUAACUCUGGAUACCAUGAACCCAUGUGUGCGGAGGGUGGAGUAUGCAGUCCGAGGCCCCAUCGUGCAACGUGCCUUGGAGCUGGAGCAGGAGCUGCGCCAGGGUGUGAAGAAGCCUUUUACUGAGGUUAUCCGUGCCAAUAUUGGGGAUGCACAAGCCAUGGGGCAGAGACCCAUCACCUUCUUCCGCCAGGUCCUGGCCCUCUGUGUCUACCCCAAUCUUCUGAGCAGUCCGGACUUCCCAGAGGAUGCCAAGAGAAGGGCAGAACGCAUCUUGCAGGCAUGCGGGGGCCACAGCCUGGGUGCCUAUAGCAUUAGCUCUGGAAUCCAGCCGAUUCGGGAGGAUGUGGCGCAAUAUAUUGAGAGGAGAGACGGAGGCAUCCCUGCAGACCCGAACAACAUAUUUCUGUCCACAGGGGCCAGCGAUGCCAUCGUGACCAUGCUCAAGCUGCUGGUAGCCGGCGAGGGCCGUGCGCGAACCGGUGUACUCAUUCCCAUUCCUCAGUACCCACUGUACUCAGCUGCGCUGGCUGAGCUGGACGCCGUGCAAGUGGACUACUACCUGGACGAAGAGCGCGCCUGGGCUCUUGACAUCGCUGAGCUGCGGCGCGCUCUGUGCCAGGCACGUGACCGCUGCUGCCCUCGAGUACUAUGCGUCAUCAACCCCGGCAACCCCACGGGGCAGGUGCAGACCCGUGAAUGCAUCGAGGCCGUAAUCCGCUUUGCUUUCGAAGAGGGACUCUUCCUGAUGGCUGAUGAGGUAUACCAAGACAAUGUAUAUGCUGAGGGCUCUCAGUUCCAUUCAUUCAAGAAGGUGCUCACGGAGAUGGGGCCACCAUAUGCCACGCAGCAGGAGCUCGCGUCUUUCCACUCAGUCUCUAAGGGCUACAUGGGCGAGUGCGGGUUUCGUGGUGGCUAUGUGGAAGUGGUAAACAUGGAUGCCGAGGUGCAGAAACAGAUGGCGAAACUGAUGAGCGUGCGGUUGUGUCCACCAGUGCCGGGCCAGGCUUUGAUGGGCAUGGUGGUCAGUCCGCCAACCCCCUCGGAGCCGUCCUUCAAGCAGUUUCAAGCAGAGAGGCAGGAGGUGCUGGCUGAACUGGCAGCCAAGGCUAAACUCACGGAGCAGGUCUUCAACGAGGCCCCCGGGAUCCGCUGCAACCCGGUGCAGGGCGCUAUGUAUUCCUUCCCUCAAAUUCAGCUGCCUUUGAAAGCAGUGCAGCGUGCGCAGGACCUGGGCCUGGCCCCUGACAUGUUCUUCUGUCUGUGCCUCCUGGAAGAGACUGGCAUCUGCGUUGUGCCUGGGAGUGGCUUUGGGCAGCAGGAGGGCACCUAUCAUUUCCGGAUGACCAUUCUGCCCCCCAUGGAGAAACUGCGGGUGCUGCUGGAGAAACUGAGGCACUUCCAUGCUAAAUUCACUCAUGAGUACUCCUGAAGCCACUGCUAGGGCCACACUGGAUGCUCUCUGACUCAACAAACUGAGGGUCCUUGGGAGCCCUCACUAUUUCUGAUUUUGCAUAGGGUCUGGGUACUUGUCCCUGCAGGUCCCUAAUAAAGCUGGGUGUAGGCCUGAUUUGAGGUGGCUGCCUGGGUGACCCCA